CUUCUAUAUAAACCGGUUGCUUCUUCUCUGUUUCUUGAAGGAGUUGAUGAUCAAUAUUUAUUAGGUCAAGUCCAAUGGCGACGUCCGAUGUGGUUCCCAAGCCUUCAAAAUGGUUCUCCAACAAGAGCCUUAGGGUAAGCCUCCAUCGCCGGGGAUCAAAGUCUGGCUCCAGUACUACUUCAAUGGGCUCUCCUGGAUCCCCAAGAUCUCCUGUGCCGCCACGUGCGCUAACACCCAAGUGCAGCACUAGGGAAGACGAGCUGAAGGAAGUUUUCCGUUAUUUUGAUGAUGAUAAGGACGGGAAAAUCUCGGCGCUGGAGCUCAGAGCAUACUUCGGGUCCAUCGGAGAGUACAUGUCACACGAAGAGGCUCAGGCGGUGAUCGAUGAUCUUGACUCCGACGGCGACAAACUGUUGGACUUCCAAGACUUUUUGAGGCUGAUGAAGAGGGGCGGCGACGAUGAGGACCUGAAGAAGGCGUUUGAGAUGUUUGAGUGGGAGAAAGGGUCAGGUUGCAUCACCCCCAGAGGGUUGCAGAGGAUGCUGCAACGCCUCGGAGACACUAAAUCAUUCGAUGAGUGCAAGGCCAUGAUUCAAGUAUACGACAUCGAUGGCAACGGAGUGCUUGAUUUUAACGAGUUUCACCAAAUGAUGGCUUAAUUAAUUUUGUUCAACGUCUUAAUUUGUAAAUGAUCAAAUCUUCAACAUGUAUAAAUAUGCACCAGCACUACUGCUCCAUCGUGGAUUUUUAAAAAAGAGUAAUAAAAAAUAAAUUAUGCAUGCAUAUAAAUAAAUGAUUCCAUGGUUUCUGAUGGA